AUGUCUACAGAACUCAUCUCAUCCACACCCGAGGAGGGGAGCUCUGGUUCAGGACCCAGUUUUAGGCUCAAUCAGAGGAAAAUGUUAAACUUGCUCCUGGAGAGAGACACUUCCUUUACCAUCUGUCCAGAUCUUCCUAGAAUGCCAAUGGACAAACUGCUUGGGGAGUCUUCAAACCUAAGCAUUUUGUCUGGAGGAACCCCAAAAUGUUGCCUUGAUCUUUCUAAUCUUAGCAGUGGGGAGAUGUCUGCCACUCAGCUCACUACUUUCACAGACCCUGAUGAAACUGGUCACUUGGAUUCUUCAGGAUCUCAAGAAAUGCAGUUAGCUGAGAUAAAUCAUCACCAGCAGCUUAUGAAAUACAGCUCAGCACAGCUUCUUUGUAGUACUCCAAAUGGUUUGGACCAUGGCCACAGAAAGAAAGAUGCAAAGUAUGGAUCAUCUGCAAAUAAAGAAAAUGAAAACAAUACUUUGAAACCCUUAAAGUGGCAGGCACACAUGAACCUGAGAUUUCGAAAGAGAUUAGGGGGCCCUUAUGUGUCCCCCCUUUCUCUGCUGGGCUUAGGUCUAAAGAAGACAGCCUCUCUCUGCGACAUUAAUAUCCCUCAGAUGCUGGAGGAAGAUGCUAACCAGGGGCAUCUGAUUGGUGAUUUCUCCAAGGUAUGUGCACUGCCAACCGUGUCAGGGAGACACCAAGAUCUGAAGUAUGUCAACCCAGAAACAAUGGCUGCCUUACUCUUGGGGAAGUUCCAGGGUCUGAUUGAGAAAUUUUAUAUCAUUGAUUGCCGCUAUCCAUAUGAGUACCUGGGAGGACACAUCCAGGGAGCCUUAAACUUGUAUAGUCAGGAAGAACUGUAUAACUUCUUUCUGAAGAAGCCCAUUGUCCCUUUGGACACCCAGAAGAGAAUAAUCAUCGUGUUCCACUGUGAAUUUUCCUCAGAGAGGGGUCCCCGGAUGUGCCGCUCUCUGAGAGAAGAGGACAGGGCUCUGAAUACAUAUCCUGCACUGUACUACCCAGAGCUGUAUAUCCUUAAAGGAGGCUACAGAAACUUCUUUCCAGAAUACAUGAUGCUGUGUGAGCCACAGAGCUAUUGCCCUAUGCAUCAUCAGGACCACAAAGCGGAGCUGCUGAGGUGCCAAAGCCAGAGCAAAGCACAAGAAGGGGAGCUGCAGCUACGGGAGUAGAUUGCCCUCCUGGUGAAACACAUGAGACUAUGAUAAUGCAGCAGCCACUGGCAAUUACUGAGUCAUGAAAAGAUGCUGCAGAAACAGGCCAUCUUCUAGAUGGCUAAACCCAUGAUUGUUAAAAGAUAUUUGCAGGACAACAGGCUGCCACUAUUGAAAUCUCAUUCUUGGGGAUUGGUUAGUUUUCAGUAGAGUUGAAACCUAGUAGCUUGUGGUUGAGUCCUGGAGCUGGCUUUAUAAGACUGCAGCCUUGGGUUAGAUGGAGAUUUGUGUUGCUUCCGGGAGCUCUUGUAGUCCUCUUCCCGAUUACUCAUGUUUUCUCACAAGCUAGCCAACUCUUUCUCUUGCUGGGUUUCUGGCUGUGCAAGAGUUGCCCAGCUUCUUUCUCUAUAAUUUCUUUGUUUCUCCCUCUUCCUUUUUUAAAAUAGGAAAAUACGAUGUAGGAUCGUGAGCCCAGCCUGCUCCCAGAUC